AUGGCUCCGUCCAUAACUGAAACCGUAUCUCUCCGUGCGGCUCCUGCUCAACCUCUCGGAACUGAUGCUGGCUUCAACAAGGAGAACCUCCAAGGAUAUAACAACACUUAUAGGCAUGGUGAUGAGAUCAAAGGCACCGAAAAGCAACCCCCUGCGUCGUUUCCUCAUUACCUCCCUGUCUGGGACAAUGAGACGGAGAAAUAUCCACCACUACAGCCAUUUGAGCACUAUGACCAUGGAAAAGAUGCCGACCCUUCUUUCCCCGACCUCUUGCCCGAGGGCAAAGUUGAGUUGGAUCAUCUCACUCCAACAAUAGGCUCUGAGAUCAAGGGAAUCCAGCUAAGCCAGUUGACAAAGGAAGGAAAGGAUCAGCUGGCACUGUUUGUUGCCCAAAGGAAGGUGGUUGCCUUCCGCGACCAGGAUUUCGCGCAUCUGCCAAUCGACCAGGCUCUUGAGUUCGGGGGCUACUUUGGCAGACACCACAUUCACCAGACAUCUGGGGCACCAAAAGGCUACCCGGAAAUUCAUCUCGUGCAUCGAGGGGCUGAUGACAAGUCUGGAUCUGAAUUCCUAGCCCGGAGCACAAACACAGUUGCAUGGCAUUCGGAUGUGACUUUCGAGAAGCAACCUCCUGGUACCACCUUCUUGUACUUCCUAGAUGGACCUACCAGUGGAGGAGAUACCCUGUUUGCGGACAUGGCCCAGGCUUAUAAACGCCUGUCGCCUGAAUUCCGUAAGCGACUGCAUGGUCUGAAGGCCGUUCACUCUGGCAUCGAGCAGGUGCACAACAGUCUGAACAAAGGUGGUAUUGCCCGUCGUGACCCUAUUACUUCGGAACAUCCUAUCGUUCGAACCCAUCCCGUUACUGGAGAGAAAGCCCUGUAUGUGAACCCACAGUUCACCCGGUACAUUGUUGGAUACAAAAAGGAGGAAUCAGACUUCCUCUUGAAGUUCUUGUAUGAUCACAUUGCCCUGUCUCAGGACCUGCAAGCCCGUGUGAGAUGGCGACAAGGAACUGUUGUUGUCUGGGAUAAUCGUGUGACUUCCCACAGUGCUCUUUUCGACUGGGAGGAUGGUCAGAGACGUCACAUCGCAAGAAUCACUCCACAGGCGGAACCACCAUAUGAAACACUGUUUGAAGGAUGA